GACAGCAAUGGUAAUCUGGAGUUGGCUGUGGCUUUCCUCACCGCUAAGAAUGCCAAGGUUCCCCAGCUAGAGGAGGCAACUUACUAUCAAACAGCCCUUCCUGGAAAUGAUAGAUACAUCAGCGUGGGCAGCCAGGCAGACACCAAUGUGAUUGAUCUCACUGGAGAUGAUAAAGAUGAUCUUCAGAGGGCAAUUGCCUUGAGUUUGGAGGAAUCAAACAGGGCAUUCAGGGAGACUGGAAUAACAGAUGAGGAACAAGCCAUUAGCAGAGUUCUAGAAGCCAGUAUUGCAGAAAAUAAAGCAAGUUUAAAGAGGACACAUCCAGAGGUAUGGAGUGACUCUCCAAACCCUUAUGAUCGAAAGCGGCAAGACAACUGUCCAGUAGGAUUAAAGAAUGUUGGCAACACGUGCUGGUUUAGUGCUGUCAUUCAGUCAUUAUUUAACCUACUGGAGUUUCGAAGACUAGUUUUGAAUUUCAAUCCUCCUGCAAAUGCUCAAGACUUGCCCCGAAACCAAAAGGAACAUAGGAAUCUGCCUUUCAUGCGUGAAUUGAGGUACCUGUUUGCACUUCUAGUUGGUUCAAAGAGAAAAUAUGUUGACCCAUCAAGAGCAGUUGAAAUCCUUAAAGAUGCUUUUAAAUCAAAUGAUUCCCAACAGCAAGAUGUUAGUGAAUUUACACACAAAUUAUUAGAUUGGCUAGAAGAUGCCUUCCAAAUUAAAGCUGAAGAAGAGAGGGAUGGAGAGAAACCAAAGAACCCGAUGGUGGAGUUGUUUUAUGGACGAUUUCUAGCAGUAGGUGUACUUGAAGGUAAAAAAUUUGAAAACACAGAAAUGUUUGGCCAGUAUCCACUCCAAGUUAAUGGCUUUAAAGAUCUGCAUGAGUGCCUAGAAGCUGCAAUGAUUGAAGGGGAAAUUGAAUCUCUCCAUUCAGAAAACUCUGCAAAGUCUGGUCAGGAGCACUGGUUCACUGAGCUUCCUCCUGUCUUAACUUUUGAGCUAUCAAGAUUUGAAUUUAAUCAGGCUUUGGGGAGACCAGAGAAGAUACACAACAAAUUAGAAUUUCCUUCAAUUUUGUAUCUGGACAGGUAUAUGCACAAAAACAGAGAAAUAACAAGAAUUAAACGGGAUGAAAUCAAGAGACUCAAAGAGUACCUCACGGUUUUACAACAGAGAUUAGAACGAUAUUUAAGCUAUGGUUCUGGUCCUAAACGAUUCCCCUUGGUAGAUGUCCUGCAGUACGCCUUGGAGUUCGCCUCCAGCAAGCCGGUGUGCACGUCGCCUGUCGAUGACCUGGGUGCUAGUGCCCCUGCCAGCGGCACGCUGCCGGCCCAGACCUCGCCCAGCACAAUAGAGCAGCAGGGACCUUCAUCUUCAGAUGUUCCAAGCACAUCUCCUGUACAAAGAUCAGUAAUACAUAAACCAUUCACACAAUCACGAAUUCCUCCUGAUCUGCCGAUGCAUCCGGCCCCAAGGCACAUCACUGAGGAAGAGCUGUCUGUCCUAGAGGGCUGUUUACAUCGCUGGAGGACUGAAGUAGAGAAUGACACUAGAGAUUUACAAGAAAGUAUAUCUAGAAUACAUCGGACAAUUGAAUUGAUGUACUCUGACAAAACAAUGGUCCAAGUUCCUUAUAGGUUGCAUGCUGUGCUAGUUCAUGAAGGUCAAGCUAAUGCAGGACACUAUUGGGCAUAUAUUUAUGACCACCACCAGAACAGAUGGAUGAAAUACAAUGAUAUAUCUGUGACAAAGUCAACUUGGGAAGAGUUGGAACGGGACUCUUUUGGUGGUUACAGGAAUGCAGCAUAUUGUUUAAUGUAUAUCAGUGAUAAGGAGCAGUACUUGAUACAAGAUGAGUUUAACAAAGAAACAGGACAGAUCCUUGUUGGAAUGGACACGCUCCCUUCUGAUCUAAGGGAUUACGUCAAGGAAGACAAUAAACGUUUUGAAAAAGAGCUUGAAGAGUGGGAUGCAGAACUUGCCCAGAAAGCACAGCAGGAGAAGUUAUUGUCUCAGAUACCCAGGGCACCAGCACCCUCACCUGCUCCAGUUCAAGCAGGAGAACCGGAAUAUUUAGAGCAGCCAUCAAGAACUGAUAUUUCAAAGCACUUAAAAGAAGAUUCUGUACAAGCAAUCAAUAAAGCUUUAUCUGAACAAGAAGAUAGAGGUCCAGAAGCUAUAAUGGAUACGAGCUCUGAUAAUGCCCCAGCUCAACCAGCUCCUAACCAGCGAGUUGUAGAGGUGGCGAUUCCUGAUGUAGGGACUUUUGUGAUUGAGUCAGAGGAGGGGGGUUAUGACGAUGAGGUCAUGCUGACCCCGAACAUGCAAGGUAUUAUCAUGGCUAUAGGUAAAGCCAGGAAUGUUUAUGACAGGUGUGGGCCAGAAGCAGGGUUCUUUAAGGCAAUUAAAUUGGAAUACACACGUCUACUAAAAUUAGCCCAGGAAGAUCCACCACCUGAAUGUGAUUACCGUUUGCGUCACGCAAUUGUUUACUUCAUCCAAAACCAGGCACCAAAGAAGAUAAUUGAGAGAACAUUACUGGAACAGUUUGGAGAUCACAAUCUUAGCUUUGAUGAAAGGUGCCGUAACAUAAUGAAGGUUGCUCAAGCUAAACUUGAAAUGAUAAAGCCAGAUGAAGUAAACAUGGAGGAAUAUGAGAGAUGGCAUCAAGACUAUAGAAAUUUCAGGGAAACAACCAUGUUUCUCAUGGUAGGAUUGGAGUUUUUCCAAAAAAAGAGCUAUAUGGAAGCCUUGCUCUACCUUAUCUAUGCUUACCAGAAUAACAAGGAACUCUUGUCCAAAGGCCCGUACAGAGGGCAUGAUGAAGAGCUGAUAUCUCACUACAGACGAGAAUGUUUGCUUAAACUAAAUGAACAUGCUGCAGCACUGUUUGAAUCAGGAGAUGAUCAGGAAGUAAAUAAUGGCCUGAUCAUUAUGAAUGAGCUUAUUGUCCCGUGUUUGCCAUUACUACUGGUGGAUGAAAUGGAAGAAAAAGAUAUCGUUGCUGUGGAAGAUAUGCGAAACCGUUGGUGUUCCUAUCUUGGACAAGAAAUGGAACCUAAUUUGCAAGAAAAGCUGACAGAUUUCCUGCCAAAACUGCUAGAUUGUUCUACAGAGAUUAAAGGUUUCAACGACCCGCCAAAGUUACCCUCCUACUCCACACAUGAACUGUGUGAAAGAUAUGCCCGAAUCAUGUUGUCACUCAGUCGAACUCCAGCUGAUGGAAGAUAAAUUCUGCAACCUUCCUAAGCACAUUGUAUAAACUUUUUUAGUUCUUAAACCUUGCCUUCCUGUCACAGGGUUUGCUUGUUGCUGCUAUAGUUUUUAACUUUUUUAUUUUAAUAACUGCAAAAGAGAAAUGACUGUACAAACUUUAGCCAGACUGCAAACAAAGCUGAGAAUCGCAUGGCGCUCAGUUGUUUCAACCAGAAUUGAUGCAACAUGCAAGUCUGAUCAUUAUGGCAAAACUGCUUUUUUUGCCACUUAUCUGUUUCAGUAUUACUUUGCUUUUAUCUUAAGAUCCUUUACUUUAUCAACAGCUGUCUGGAUCAUUUUGUGACUGCAACUACUUUAAGUGUCCAGUGCUGUGUAAAUACAUGGUACUUGGUAGCUUGUAAAUGAAAUGAAAGAAUAAAGUUUUAUUUAUGGCUA